AUGUCCCACGUCGACCUGAGCACCAGGGACGCCAACGUCCUCGAAAAGAUCAAGGACCCCGAGUUCACCCCCGCCGCGGCCGCCGCCACCGACCCCUCGCUGCCCCCCGACCCGCACGUCGCCGAUCCCGCCGUCUACGCCGCCCUCGUCGCCCGCGAGCGCGCCAUCGUCACCCGCGUCCAAGCCGCCGAGGCCCAGCUCGCCCAGCUCGCCCAGCUCGCCCAGGCCGCCGACGCCGCAGACCACCCCGCCCGGCAGGGCUACGCGCGCUGCCUCGCCGACCUGGACGCCCUCGUGGCCGAGCGCCCCGACUACGCCAGCGCCCGCAACAACAGGGCCCAGGUGCUGCGGCGCCUGUACGGCGACGCCAUGCUGCUCGACGAGACGGCCGCCGCGCCGCCGCCGCUGCCGCUCGUGGAGCACCCCCCCGCCGGGGAGAAGAGGCAAGCCGCCGCCCGCGCCCUCGGCGACCUGGACGCGGCAAUCGCCCUGCUCGGCCCGCACGCCGCCGCCGCCACGCCGGUCUCGCCCCAGGCCGCCAGGACGCUGGCCAUGGCGUACACCCAGCGCGCGGCCAUCUACCUCCGGACGGCGAAGCUGCUGCCGCACCGGGCGCUGGACGUCGACGGCGCCCGGGCCGAGGGCGCGUGGACCCGCGUCGACUUUGAGCAGGCGGCGUCGCACGACCUGGCGUGCGGCGGGCGCUACGGCAGCCAGGUGGCGAGGGGGCUCGCCGUCAGCGUCAACCCGACGGCCAAGCUGUGCGGGGAGAUUGUCCGCGAGGCCAUGCGGAAGGAGUACGGGCCGUCCUUCGACGCCUGA